AAAAUAUAUUUCGGUUUUAGUUAGUAACUAUUAUCAAUAACAAAGGUGCAAAGUGUACGUGUAAUCUUGACAAAAUAAAUAGAAAAAUGGGAACAUCACAGCGCUCAGACAUUUUGGGGAAAAUCUUAAAACUGGAUAUAUUAUGGACAAAAAAACUGGUCACAUCCGUUUUCCAGCAUAUACCGUUUGCGAAACUACGUUUAUAUUGCAAAUGUUUGGAGAUUUCAUGCAAUGGUAUUGCUUGGUUAGCUGGUUGGUUGGCAUUUAUAUGGAUAGUCGAUAGUAAAUCACUCUAUGAAAUGCAAUUGAAUCUUUUAUUUGGCUUAAUAUUGGACAUUAUUGUAAUAGCAGUAUUAAAAGCUAUAUUCCGCCGUAGACGACCAGCAGUGUGCUCAGAUAUGCUCACCUUGGGACCUGAUAAAUUCAGCUUUCCCUCAGGACACGCAUCCAGAUCGGCAUUUAUAUUAAUGUUUUUCAUUGUACUUAGUCCAGUUUCGGAAUUUUUAUGGAUGCCCAUUGUAUCAUGGACGCUAAGUGUUUGUUUAUCAAGAAUUUUACUUAGCCGUCAUUAUAUAUUGGAUGUCGUUGGUGGUAUGGGGAUUGGCAUAAUUGAAGCUUUUAUUGUUGGUUUAUUAUGGAUAGGUGAAAAUGCCGCCUCAAAUAUUAUUAAUUAUCUAACUAAUGAUUAUUUGCCAGGCGGGGAGGAGUAAAAGUAUGAUUAUAAAUGUAAUAUUUUUCAGGAAAAGUGUAAGCACAAGUAACUCACUCUAAAAUAGUGAAACAUGUGAAAAAAUUGCAACUAUUAAAUGAGUCAUCAAACGAAGAAACACCACGUUUUUUUGUGAUAAAUAUAUUAAUACCUAAGAUUUUAUAACUAGCAAUAAAGUAAAUGAUAAAAUAAAGAAAUGAUUUAAUGUA